UCCUCUCGUAGAAAAACCGGUGGCUGCUGUAAUCGGUGCUGCAGCAUCUCACCCGCCGACCCACACUUUGGUUCAACUUUUUACUUAAUAUAUACAAGCUAAUACUUAUGACGGUCUUCAUAAAUGACCAUUAAGGUUUGGAGUUAGCUCACAGAUAUGGAUGACUGAUCGCUUUCUUGUAUCCUGUGCUGCCGUGAAGGGACUUGAUAAAGAAACUUAUGAAAACAACUAGCUGAAGGGUUGUUCGGAAAAGUGAAGCUUUAAAAACAGUGGCUGCUGAAGAUGGGUCGGAAACUGGAUCUGACGGGCCUUACAGACAACGAGGCGGAGCAUGUGCUUCAGGUGGUGCAAAGAGAUAUGAGGCUGCGCAAGAAGGAAGAGGAACGACUCAGUGAACUGAAGCAGGAGCUGGAUGAGGAGGGCAGUCGCUGCCUCUUGUUGUCGCGGCAAGCUUGCUUCAACCAGCGCUGCUGCAUCCGCUGUUGCUCUCCCUUCACCUUCCUUCUCAACCCCAAGCGCCAGUGCCGCGAUUGCCGCUACAACGUCUGCAAGGCCUGCCGGGUCUACAGCAAGCGGGACAAAGCCUGGCUCUGCUCCGCCUGCCAAAAGAGCAGGUUGCUGAAGACGCAGUCACUCGAAUGGUUCUACACAAAUGUGAAGAAACGCUUUAAAAGGUUUGGCAGUGCGAAAGUGUUGAAGACCCUCUAUAGGAAACACCUGGCUGAGCACAGCGCUCUUUCCGAGCUUACUGACGGCAGCGCCUGCGAUGAGAGCAUCUGCAAUGAGGGCAGUGUCUGUGGGAGCGACUCAACUUUCUACAGGCAAACUGAAGAGCACAGCGUGGCAGAGACGCUCAGUGUGGCCCUGCGGGUUGCAGAGGAGGCCAUAGACGAAGCCAUUUCUAAGGCUGAGUUUGGCACCUCGACUCAGGAGAGCCAGAAUGAAGCACUUUAUUUACGGGAGCACAGAGGAGAGCUCGUUGAGGAACUGGCCCAAACCAUUGUGCAAAAAAUCAUUAGCAGGAAAAAUGCCUUGGCUGAGAUGAGGGCAGAAUACGCCCAUGGCUGGGUUUCUGAACAAAACACUGACCCUCAUCAUCGUCAUUCUGCCUGCGAUCAGCCCUCUGGAUCCCUGAAACAACAAGUAGAUCUCUGGAGAUCACAUUCAGCCCUCACGCUGUUGGAUAACAACCAACCAGCUCUAAAACCAGACGUCCCCAAGGCCUUGAAGAAAGACGGCGGUGCGUCGGCCAUGACAGCAUGGAAGAGUGUGGAUCGACUUGACAACUCUGUUCUAAAGAGCCCGGAUGGGAACUGGAUCGCCCUGCAGACCACCCAGCUGUCCCGGCCUGGCCUCCUCACUAAGAGGAAGAGUCUGGUCUACAGUGCCUUGGAGAGGGAGUCCGGAGUGGUCUCUGCCUAUGAAGGCCUGGGCUCUGACAGUGAAAGCAAAUCAGAGCCAGACAGCAGCUGGGGUGCUGCUCUGCAGGAGAUCCACAAGAAGAUGACGAACCAGGAUGAUUUUGGUGACAACAUCAUGACUCUAACAGGCCGCCAGGGGAACAAAGAUGAUCCACUUUCAGACUCUGAGGGGAACUUGAAGCACAGCAAGCCUCUGAUAGCCCUCCUAAAGCGGAAGAUGCCUGCGGAGUUCAGGAAACCUUCAUCCCGGAGAACCAGCAUCAUAGAUGUAGACUUUAACUUUAAGGGAGCAGAGAGGGAGAAGGAUGAGCUCAAGCUGCCUGAUGAGCAAGAGGAGGGAAAAAUCAGGAAAUCAAGGAAAAAGAGGAGGAGUAAAAAAGAGCCAGCAGCGUCUACUCCACCAUCGGAUUUAAACAAUAAGGAACCAUUUUAUUCACAACCCUCUGAUGCUGCAACUCCCCACACCUCUGCAGCCACAACCCCUGAGCCCUUUGACCCCAGCAGUGAUGCUGUCAAUCACACCGUCAACGACUUCACUUCAAAACUGAAUCCAUGCCCAGGCACAGUUUAUGAAUUUUGCCCCCGAGAAGAAGAACGAGAUGAAGAGAAAUAUGAAAAUAAUGAUGGACAGCAGGGAGAAAGGAGACAAAGAAGUGGGUCUGAGGCUGACGUUAACUUGGAGGAAGGCGAAAGAACAGGUGAAGAGAAAGAAAAAGAUGAUGGGUUGCAACAUAGAUUAUGCAGUCUUGUUUCCCAAGCCAACCUUACGUACUUGUCCUCGACUGAAGAUGAGUCAGAUGGAGUGGGACAAAGCGAGGGGGAAUGGGACAUGGAUGCAGACAUGAAUAAAGGGGAUGAAGAGCAGAUGCAGAUAGAGAGACUAACCUACAGGCUCUGUCAGCUGAAAAAACAAGUCAGAGCAACUCAGUUCUCAUCCACUGAGGACGAGCUGGACAGAAUGGGCCUCGAAAUGGAGAACAUGGAGCAUGAGGUUGGAAAAGAUGAAGAUCUGGCUGUUAGAUUAUGCAGAUUAGCUAACGAAGUCAACGCCAGCCAGUACUCUUCCACUGAGGACGAGCUGGAUAAGGCCGGAAGAGGAGAGGACGGGGCGGAUGAGAAGGAGCUGUGGAGUGUGCAGCCGGGAAGGACUCAGCUGCGGGAUUUGGCCAGUUUAGUCAGCGCCUCCCAGUUUUCUUCUACCGAGGAUGAGCUGGACAGACUGGGAAAUAAUGAAGGAAAACAGGAGCAGGAGGAAAAUGGGGGCAGCAGGGAUAUGAGGGAGCUGUGGAAGGGAGAGGAAUCAAUUGGAGACAUAGACAUGGAGAUGUUUAAUUUGACAGAUGAAACUGAAGAAAGGGAGCAAGAGAGGGGUGAGAGAGGAAAGUGUCAGAGAAAGGUUGAAGAUGAUGCAACCGGCGUACAGAAAGACAAGCGAGUAGCAGAGGAAGGAACAAUGGGAAUGAGGCAAUUAUAUGACAAAUACAUGGAACUCUUUAAAGAGCCAUCUGAAAGGAAAGAGAUCACAUUGAAAGCAGAAAUGAAGACAGAGUUGCUACAGGAAGCAAAAGCUGAAGAAGAGACAGAGUCACCUUCAAAGGGGACAGAUGAAAAGGUUGAACAAGAGUUUCUAAAAGGAAACAAACAGAGUGAGAGAAAGUUCGAGACAGACUCAAAGAGUGACGAAGAUGAAGCAGAAUUUGACAGAAUAAUCAGCAGCAUGCUGAUGAUGACUCUGGAGGACAUGCAGGGAGAAAUGAUGGACAAAGCUGGACAAACCGAACAGAGAAAACCGGAGAGCGGCGACGUCGAGGGAGAGACCGGAUUGAGCGAGAGGAAGGAUGCCACAGAGGAAACACAUGAGAGAUCAGAGUCAGUGAUAACAAUAUGCAUUAGUGAGGAAACCAACGGGGAGAUAUCUGACAAAAAACAGAAAGGAAACAGUACAGGUAGAGAUGGAAAUAUUUAUGAAGAAAACCGUAGGGAUACGACAACCAUCACAGAACUCCAAAUAAGUGAAACCAAACUGACAAGUCCAAAAAGUGAAGAGAAAAGUGAGAACCAGGAUGGACGAAGAAGAAACACAGCCGAGUCGGAAGCAGCUGAGAUGCACAGAGAUAAAACAAACUGUGAGCAGAAAGACGGAGACGGACAAGUCAAGGAUGAGCAGAAACCUGAAAACAUGGAACAGUGCAGCUCCUGCACUCAUCUGGGGGAGUUCCUCUCCCCAGAGGAGAUUCACAAUGGUAGUGACAUGGAGCUUUUCAAAACUAUAGAGCUAAUGUCAUCUGUGCUGGAGCAGCGAUACUCUGCAGCAUCUUUACGCAGCAUCACCACUGAGGUGCUGAAGGUGCUGAAUGCGACCGAGGAGCUGCUCCAGGGAGUGGAGGGACAAGACGAAACCCGAGCCUCUACAAUCUCACUGCCCCCAAACGCAGACCCCAAGAAGCUGGACCAACAGUUCUGGAAACUAGAGGAAAAUGUUUAUGUGGCAGCUGGUUCUGUGUACAGCCUGGAGGCAGAGCUGAGCGACCUGGAGGAGUGCGCCAGGGAAAUCUGCAGCUCCACAUCCGAUCUGGAGCUGUCUUUCCUGGAGGAGCAGGUGGCAGCAGCCGCCGCCAAGGUUCAGCAGUCCGAGCUGCAGAUAUCCGACAUUUCUGCAAGAAUCGCUGCUCUGAAGAGUGCCGGCCUCAAUGUGGACACCCAGAGUCGCUUCACGAAGACCAGGGCGGCCACAGAAAAGUCUGUUACUCUGGACUCUUCAAGACAUCUGAGAAGAAGACUACCUGCACCACCAGCGAGAGAAGACAAGGAAGCCUAAAGUAUCCAGUCUCUGCAUGACUUCUUAGACAGCAGUGCCUUCAUCCCAUCAUCCAACAGACCAGUCUGAAAUGAUACAGUACAUUCAAACACCAGCUGCCUUAAACUCCUCAAGCAAUGUGAAACACUAUUAUGGACACAUAUUCUGUGUUUACAUCAAGCUUUGUACAUUAAAUUGUCUGAGAAUGUAAGAUUUACACAGAUGUAAAACAAUGUAUUGAUGAUUUUGUUUGGAGCAGUGUGUGCACGAGCAGAAAGCAGCCAUCAUUGUAUAAAAGUCAGAUGCAUGAGCCACUUGCAUUAGCCCAAGCUGAUUAAAUAGUGACUAAUGAAAUUGGCCAAUCAGAAGACAGAUUGCUUUGUCAGCUAUUAAUUAGAUGGCAGAAAAAGUGUUGGAGUGACCCAGGUUGUCUUCAGCUACUUGGAGCACAGAAUAAUGCAGUGCUGCCCCUCCCUUACCUGUUGCUGCACACUGAUGUGUGUUUUCCCCAUGUUUACAAAAAGAAUAACAAUUCUGCUGUGAUUAAAUAUUUCCUGUCACAACAAUCUUAGACAUUUUGAGUGCAGAAAGUGAGUUCCACCCAUAUUGUUUUUGUAAAAAAACACUAUUUUUGAACAAAAGCUGGCUGGGAAAUGGUUUAAAAUGAAAGAAAUCACAUUUUUCUCUUAAGUGUUUAAAUCAUAAAAGUUAAGAUUUACCUAAGAUUUAACUAUCGGCCCUCCUGCGAUCUUAGCAUGAUUGGACAGCGGGGAAGCAGGGAAGCUGUACCAUCAGACCGUCAAUUUCCGAAACCACACAAAAAAAGCCUUGUAAAAGCGCACACAGGGUCAGUGCAACCCCGCCAUACACAGAGUCUAAAUGACUCCAUCUAUUAAGACAGAGGGAGGAGGCCCCGGGGAAGACCCAGGACACGCUGGAGGGACUAUGUCUCUCGGCUGGCCUGGGAACGCCUCGGGAUU